AUGAGUCGUGGCGCUUCCAACCAUAACGUUCGCGCUACGAGGUCUUACUUGCACAAGGCUCACCGACACCGUCGAGAACAUGUGCAUCUCCCAGGCAAUCGUUCAAAGGCCAUCAAGGUUGACUUCGCUGAAUCCCGUCAGCCUUCGGACAGCAGUGACGACCAGGGAGGCGAUUACGACGAGGACGAUCACGUACGAUCGUCGCUCGGAACCGUGUUCUUCAUGCAACCACGGCCCACACCUACGCUCCAGGACAUCCUCAGCAAAUGGCAAUCAGAUCUACUGAAGCUCUUCCCGCUCAAGCCGGAAAGUGGAGCUGAAUGA